AGGAAUGAUUAACCGGCCUCGGUUAAAGCGGCGACGUCCCGAAAAUAGAAAGUCCACGCAGCGCCAGGAGACAAUGCGCAGCGGUUACCACCCGCCAUCACAUGGCUGCGAGCAUCGACGUGGCCGGCCUCCGUUCGCGCCAAAGUCCACCAUGAUUCUGUCUCGUGGGACCCGAGCAUAAUCCUUCCCCCUUUUCUCAUGACAGCAACUGACGAUCAGGGCGUCAAACGAGAAGCCGUGGCGUGUUUGCAAGGAGGAGAUGCCUUACAACAACACUGUCAAGCAAUCACCUGUCGCUGCUUCAAUAUUAACAGCGAUGUCUUGGGCGCCCAUUAUUUCUAUACCGCUACUUCGGACUUGGGCGAUUUCAGCAUCACACGACUGCAGGAGGUGAUCCUAGCAUCUGAUGAUGCUCACCACUGGAUAUCGAUUUAUACCAUCAAACUCCGAUCCAGACCAUCUGGGGCCUUUUUGAUUGGCACAUCGGCAUCGCCAGAUAUACACCUCUCAACCCUGGCUAUGCGAUCCGAUUAGCCCGUUCACCCUCGACACCUUAUAUACCGGACCAAUAGAGAUAGCCAACCCGGACUAAUUUCUCUCGCUCUAGUUUGAAAGCACUUAGAUCUAA